CAGUGGGAUUAAGAAAACCAGCGCUAAAUGCGCAUUACCUACCUCUUGUUUUUGUCUGGGAAACGCUUCGUCGGCAGCUUGUCAUUCGCUAGAAGCAACACCAUACACGCAUUGGAGAAAUAAGACAAAAACCUUUAUUCAAAUUCUUUUUUGAAAAUGAGUUUUUAGCUCUCUAGUCGUGUUGGCCAUGUCAGAUAACAGGCGAGCUAGCUAACUCGGCGCUGUUGAUGUUAGCUCCAAUACACAGCUGUUUGCUUGGGUUUCAAUUUGCUACUUUUAAAGUUGAUUUUUUUCCACUCCCUGUUCUUAUUAAUGUUACUAUGAGCGAAGGAGAGGUUUUCCACGAGAAGCAGCGACUGGAGCUGUGCGCCAUCCACGCGCUCAACAACGUGCUCCAGGAGCGGGUGUUUACCAAGGAAACUGCAGACGACAUCUGCAAACGGUUGGCUCCGCAGUGUGUGGUCAACCCCCAUCGCUCUGUGUUGGGGACAGGCAACUACGAUGUCAAUGUUAUCAUGGCGGCAUUACAGAGCAGAGACCUAGCAGCUGUGUGGUGGGAUAAACGCAGGCCGGUGCAGAGCCUUUGCAUCUCCAGAGUUCAGGGCUUCAUCCUGAACGUCCCUUCUUGCGUGUCGUUUGGCAUCCUGUCCCUGCCUCUCCUGCGCCGACGUCACUGGCUGGCCGUCCGCCAAGUCAACGGGCAUUACUACAACCUGGACUCCAAGCUAAAAAGUCCAGCGUGCAUCGGAGGGGAAGCGGAACUAAGGACUUUUCUGAGCGAGCAGCUGUCUCAAGAUGUGGCUGAGAUGCUCCUUGUGGUACAGCGAGAGGUGGAGGAGGACGGCUCCUGGUUGAACCCUGACAUUCCGUGUAACGGGGCAAAGAGUUCAGUGUGAGAGUAAAAAAGGACUUUAAUAUUGUUUUUUUUUAUAUAUAUCACACCUCAUUGCAGGAAAGUCUUCAGGGAACAAACCUUCACGACAUCACACACGCCAAAGAGAAGCCGGUUGCGUUUACUUCCUGGAACACGCGCUUAAACGCUUUUCGUGACGUGACGAUCCGAUGAUUGUAACUAUUCGCUGCAGCUGAGCUACUUUGUGAAGCUAGUUUGGACUUUAACGGCAAAUGUGGUACCAAGUACACUGGUGAUGACUGGAAAAAAACAGAAUGAUUAACAGCGAUAUAACACUGAUCAUGAAAAACAAAACCUCAAGGAGAAUCAGACUUAUGGGACCUUGACUUAGACCGUCAUUAAAAAAAAGUGCGUUUGUCAACGUGUAACACUUGUGUGUUUACUUUCUAUGCACCACAGUUUUAUUUUUUUAGCACUGUUUUGCGUGUGCGUUACGAUUUUUGAUUGACCUUUUGCACGUUCAAGCCGUUUUGAAAUGUUUAGCUCACUUGAAAAGUUUCAAAGUCAAAUUAAGCUCGCCGGGAAGUGACCGGCUCUUGGCGGAAAAUGCACUAUUUCUAAAUUUGGGUGAGUAAUGUGUGAUAUUUGGCUUCCUCAUACAAUGGCAGAGUUGGUUUAAAUGCAUUAAAAACAUGCGGUGUGUGACUUUCAAACUGUUUUGCGUACUAGAAAUGAGCCGAUUCAUCAAUUAAGAUUUCAAAAUAACAAAAAAUUGAUCAAGUCAAAUGGCCAUCACUAGUUCUAUUGAUCUAUGCAUAUCCAAUAAGAAUUGAGUGUCUGUCCGUGGUACACACUUGUGACUUAUUUACUGACGAGCUAUGUUUCUAAUGUUGAAAUGUUGUAUUUAUAAUAAAGUUUUUUUGUUGUUUUAAA